ACAAACCCCACAUCUCUCUCAAACACAUGCCCGUUGACGGCCCUUUCUUUUUCCUUUCUUGUUUAACUUGCCGAGCAGAGUUAAUAUGCAAAUCUGGCUAAUUGCUACUGUAAUAUGCGGCUACUGCUCAUACACGGCGCAAACCCACGGAUUGGUGAUCUGUGAGUGCGCAUUCUCUCAAAAUCUUCAGCGGGUGGCGCUCGGGAACAACGUCAGGACGGACGAUUCGGCGGAACUGUUAGUGGUCCCGGUUAGUGGGCGUGCUAAUUGUUCGGUUACUUCACUAAAACAUGUGCCUGUUUAAGCACGUUUUUGUCCCUAACUCCCCGCUCCAAUGAAGACACACCGCACUAGCAAGGUAUCACGGUAUUAUAGGAGCUUGGGAAUUGCUCCUUUCUAUCUCUAGCCAAUGAAGCCCGGCAUUAAUCUUAAUGCGGGAAUACAUCGAGUGUACUGCUGUCAAUUCUGUUAAUCUGGAACCAUGGUAGCACCAUCUUACAAAUCUCUCAAGGGCCGGCCCAUACUGAAAGUCAGUCCCACUUCGCAAAGCUUACCAGCUACUCAGCCCCCACUGGGAGUGAUACAGUCAUCAGCAAUUAUGAUACAGCCACAAAGCCACAAAAGAAAUACUUUACCGGCUUGCCGACAGAACUAUACCUCCUGCUAUAGGAUUGCCAGGUUCAAUGGAUGGCUUGGUGAAAUACAGCCGAAAAACAUUGAUACUGCAAAAUUCCAAUUCCUUCCAGCCAGGCCAUCAUGCUCUUUCAAGACAUGGGAGGGACCUCCCUUAACAACUGAGGAUUUUUCGAUCCGGCUUCUUCAAUGACCAUCUCAGAACAAUCAUUCACCAUCGGAAUAUUUCGACUUUCUCCAGCUGAAGCGACCAACGCAAUUCAGAAUGUCUGCGCCCGCGCCCCCGGGUAUGGGAUUGGCUGGCAAGAUGCCCGAACACGGUCUUGUCAUAAUCGUGUGGGUGGCAACCGGGCUCGCGGGUUGCUUCGUGGUAGCACGAACGGUGAUUCGGAUCAAGAAGAUCGAGAAGCUGCAUGUGGAUGACUAUCUCAUCUAUGCGGCGUUUCUUGUCCUUGUUGCGAAUGCCGUGCUUCAGACACUGCAGACGCCGCAUUGCUACAAUCUGGCAAGGCUCGUCAAUGGACUCUCGACGUUGACCCAGGAGGAGACGAUGGCUAGUGGCAAUACAUACAUGCGUUAUGAGUUCACAAUUAUAGGCCUGUUCUGGACAGUUUUAUGGCUGGUAAAAGCCUCAUUUCUCGCUUUCUUCUACAAGCUUUUCGAUGGCCUUCAGGGCUACCGACGAUUAUGGUGGGCGGUAGUUGUCUUCGCGUUUCUCUCCUAUGUAGGUUGCUGGAUAGUGUCGAUUAACGUCUGCCAUCCCGCGAAAAACUACUUCAUCUUCGGGUCAUGCAAUAAGGAUAUUGAUAUGAAGACUUCGAUCAUCGCGGUUCUGUACAGUACCGUGGUAGAUGUAUUGACUGAUAUAAUGAUCAUGGCGAUGCCAUUGCGGCUAUUAUGGAAAGUCCGCAUCUCUGGUUCCGAGAAGAUGGGCCUGGCAGCCGUCUUCAGUAUCGGUGUUCUGAUCAUCGUCUUUGCUAUCGCUCGCGCUGUUCAGAUUGCAUUUACAACCACGAGUGACUCCGUGCUGCUUGCGUUAUGGGGAAUCAUCGAGUCCACAGUGUCCGUGAUAGUAGGCUGCCUCCCACCCUUCAAAAGCCUGUUCUCUCGCCGCCAAAAUACCUCAUAUAACACCUCGUACGAAGAUCGAUACAACAAAAGCGCGCUUACCAACGAGCUUCGCAAUGGAUCGAUUCCGCUGCAGUCGAGGACUACACAGACUACCAGGAUCCAUCGGGGGCAUGUCACAACUGAAAGCACGGAGGAUAUUGUGGGUAGCUCGGGUGAGGAUGUGAGGUGGAAGAGUGGGAGAGGUGGGAUAUCUGUGCGGCAGGAGGUCCAUCAGACUUCGACAUAAUGUGCUGAAGUAUGUAGCAUAAAAACAAAAUAGGAUGUGGCGUUUAAAAUUUCAGUGCGGUUGUACGAUUGUAUGGGUUACCAUAUAUGACAAAGAAGCAUAUAUUUGGGUAUAUAUUAAUAUAUUCGUUGUGUGUGCAAAGAGGGA